AUGCCGCGCGACUUCCGGCCUAAAGGCCAUGGCGCUGCAUCAAGAAAGCGAGAAAAGGAGCCAGUCCCAAACAAAGAGAAAGAGACUCGUUAUGAUGAUGAGGGGGUUUCAGAAGAUGUGCUGAGACAUCAGGUAGCAGCUCUCGGUGGCACUGAGGAGGAUAUGGCGUUAAUCCAGGGCAAGGGCAAAGAGCGGGCCGCCAAGCUGACAGACUCGGAAUUGACAUCUGAACUCAUGGCUUUCAUGCAAAAAGAAAACAUGCCUACAAGCAACAAAGCCCCAAGCGCUGGCGCUAAAAACACCAAGGUCGAGCAAGAAUCCAUGCGUUCUGAGAAGCAGAACAAGCCGUCCAAGCCAACGAGAAAAGGUCCAGCACAAAAUGAGGCACAAUCUGCAAAAGAAAAACCGCCGUUGAAGGAAAAGAGAUAUAAUGAUAAAUAUAAGAAACCAGGGAAUGAAUCUUUGAUGACAGAACCUGAGAUUAAGCCAUCCACGUCAGGUAAGCAUGUUGUUUUUGAUGGCGGAGGCGCACCAAAGACUUUGAAUCGUGUAGGUCUUCAACUUCGCUUUGAGCCAGUGCCUGACUGGAUGAACAUCCAAUUACCCGAGCUUAGUGAUAAGGCGAAUUCUUUGAAAGAGCCAUCCAACGAAGCCAUCAGUGGCUUGCAUAAGCUGGGCGAUGAGGUGCUCGAAAACGAGAAUGAUACAUACGCACGCCUGGCCUCUGGCGAGAGCGGCAAGAACGUGGUGCUGGGAUCCAUGAACUUCUCAGAUCUGCAAUUCGCACGCACCUUAUUAACGAACAGCAGGGCGAGUACUCUGUCGGAUAGGAUUUCCGCCGUGACUUUGCUUCUCCAAAGCAGUCCUCUGCACAAUCUGAAGGCCCUUGAUCUGCUUAUGAACAUGGCUGGAAAAUCGAAUCGAGAGGAAUCUAGUCGUGCUACACGCGCACUGGCCGACUGGUUCGCAAGUGGCGGCGGUUUGGGCCCUGACAAGCUUCGAUAUUUCCGUGACCAGCCAGCCAUGCCUCGCGCUGCUGCUUUGUAUGAGUCUGACGGGAAGUCCUUGCUGUCAACGUCCACGUCGCCUCUGGCAAACUGUGUGUGUCUAUGGGCUUUUGAGGACCUUUUGAAACGCACGUACUUUGCAUUUGUCCAACUUCUCGAACGCCAGACUCAUGAUACACUUGUUUUCAUGCGCAGACAAGCCGUAUCACAGGUGUUUGUUCUAUUGCGCGAUAAGUCUGAGCAAGAACACAACCUUUUGCGCCUGCUGACGAACAAGUUGGGUGAUCCGGACCGCAGCGUAGCCUCGAGAGCCAGCACACAUCUGAUGGAGCUGCUUCAGGUGCACCCAGCUAUGAAGGCGAUUGUUUUGCGAGAGGUGAGCGAAGCUGUGCUUCGCUCGCAGCAGGUCGUCGUCAGGGACAAUACGCAUUCGACGCCGAAGGGCAAUCAGCAUGCCACCUAUUAUGGUGUUUUGACACUCAAUCAGACCCUGUUCGUUGACAGCGAUGCUCCACUGGCUAAUGAAAUAUUUUCUGUGUACUUCCAGCUCUUUGACGUUUGCUUACAACAAGAGGAAGCUCAGCAGGAAGUGGCAGAGAAGUCCGAGACCUCGGAGACUGGCACACACUCCACGAAGGACAAGGGUCGGUGGCGUGAUAAGCCGAAGACCAAGAGUGCCUCGCCCUCAUCGCAGAACAAGGCAGCCCAUGAUGUGUACGGACGUCUGCUCGCGGGAAUUUUGACGGGUAUUCGGCGUGUGUUUCCAUUUACGACGCUCACUUCAAGUGCACUUGACCAACAUCUGGACACAUUGUUCCGCAUUACGCACACACAUUCUUUCAACAUUGCCGUGCAGGCAUUGCAACUGAUUUUUCAGGUGGCGAUCGGCUCGUCGUCAGAUGGUGAAACAGCACGCGGGUUCUCGCCACAUGUCGCUGAUCGCUACUACCGCAUCUUGUAUGAUUCGCUCUUGGAUUCUCGUCUGGCUACUACGAGCAAACAAGCGAUGUACUUGAAUCUCGUAUACAAGUCGAUGAAGGCUGAUACGGAUUCCGAGCGAGUCAAGGCGAUAGUGAAGCGUCUGUGUCAAGUUCUCAAUUUACAAGAGCCGCCGUUCAUCGUUGGUGCUCUUGUCUUGUUGAGCGAGCUGUUUAGAGCGAAGCCUGGCUUGCGAGCCAUGCUUACAGAGGCAGAGGAUGAAGGGAUUGAACAUUUUGAGGAUGUCGAUGACAAAGACGAUGAUGAUGAUGUACGUGCUCGUGCCACUGUGCGAAAGAGUGGUUCUGAAUACGAUGGACGCAAGCGCGACCCUCGCUUUGCGCAUGCUGGAGAAACGGCCUUGUGGGAUCUUCUUACGCUAGUCCACCAUUAUCAUCCCUCGGUCAGUUUGAAUGCGAUGCAGCUUCUGCGCGGAGAGAAAGUCACAUCGAACGCGGACCUAACAUUGAAUACCCUCAUGCAUUUCCUAGAUCGCUUCGUGUUUAAGAACCCGAAGAAACGUUCAGGCGUCAAAGGAUCAAGCAUCAUGCAGCCCUCGCUCAGUGAUGCAAAAGAUGACGUGCUUGUCCGGCGCACGGAUGCACCGCUUUCUUAUGUGAACACGGCUGACUUCUGGAUGCAAAAUCCCGACAAUAUUCCUCCGGAUCAGCAGUUCUUCUUCCGCUAUUUCCAGACGAAAUUGAAGCGAUCAAAUGCUCCGCCAGAAAAGCCCAAGAAACAGACGGAUGCCGAUGAUGCACUAGAUGAGGAGGAGCGAGAGAAUGAGUAUGAUGACGAGGAUGAUGCAAUUGGCAGCGAUGACGAGGACGAGAAGGAGAUUUGGAAAGCAAUGAAGUCAUCUAUGCCGAAGGAAGAUGAGAUGGAUGACUUGAACGAGGAUGACGAUGAAGUUUUGGCUGAGCUGGAAGCUAAUGCAAGCGCUGAUGAAGCCGAGGAUGCAUCUGAUGUAGCCAUUGACGAUGCUGAUGAGGGACAUGAAGAAGAAGAAGAUGAUGAAGAUGACAUUUCGGAAUAUGAUGAGGAACAGGACGAUGAUACAACGCCUUUCCGUGAUGAUGAAGCUGACGAAGAUGAUGGCGAUAUGUUCUUAGAGGACGAAGAUGACCUCAUUCCCUUUACAAACUUCGAUGACGAAGACGACGAAACGUCUCACACGGCUGGCAGAAAGCGUUCUGCUGAUGAAGUUGAAGAAGCUACAGGAAAGAGCAAAGAGCGCAAAUCCAGGCGUAGCAAGCGUCGGGCGCUUCCUGCCUUUGCAAGUGCUGAGGACUAUGCACACAUGCUUGAUUCUGAUGACGAUGGAAAUUAG